UAUAAACUCUGCCUCACAGAGCUCGAAAGUAGAACAAUCAAAUUACUUUCUCUCCCACCAAACAUUUUCCAUCUUCCACUCUUUCCACCGUCACCGACCGUCGGCUGACUUCUCCGGCGAAAUCGUUUACAAAGAGCUACCUUCGGCGUCGUUUGUAACAAAUGGCUUCUUCCUUCCGAGCAUUCCUAAACAGUCCAGUUGGCCCCAAAACAACUCACUUUUGGGGGCCUGUUGCAAAUUGGGGAUUUGUUGUCGCUGGAUUGGUGGACAUGAAGAAGCCCCCGGAAAUGAUUUCUGGCAAUAUGACAUCAGCAAUGUGCGUCUAUUCUGCAUUGUUCAUGAGGUUUGCAUGGAUGGUACAACCACGAAACUAUCUGCUGCUGGCAUGCCAUGCUUCAAACGAGACAGUACAGCUCUACCAACUUUCUCGUUGGGCAAGAGGUCAAGGGUAUUUGUCUGGGAAGAAAGAGGAAGCUUCAUCGCAGUAAAGCGAGCUCGGGUCUGAGCUGCUUUUUGUUUCUUUCAAUUCCAUGUUUCUGUGAGUUUUUACCAUGACCCUGAAGAAUGCAUUCUGGACUUACCCUAUAAGCAUUCUUAUGAAAAUGAUUGUUUUUGAUUUUGCAACCA